AGAGGAGGAGGAAAAGGAGGAGGAAGAUGCAAAGGGGGACGCGGAGGAUGCGAAAGAAGCGGGGGAGGAAGCUGAGGGUGCGGAGAAGGACGCGGAUGAGGAAGAUGAGGAUGAUGAGGAUGAUGAAGAUGAUGAUGAAGAUGAGGAGGAUGAAGAUGAUGAUGAAGAUGAGGAGGAGGAGGAGGUGGCGCGGGCGCAGGAGCGGCUGCUGCAGGCGCUGAUGGGGCGCGUGGGGCGGGAGCUGCCCCAGCAGGAGCUGACGCGGGACUGGGACGUACUGGGAGAACUGGGAACCGGAACCUACGGACGAGUGCUGCUGGCACGGCCCCGGCACGGAGGUGAGGGGACACCUGGGGACACCUGGGGACAGCUGGGGACACCUGCCGCCCAGGUGUCCUCAGCCCUGUCUUACCUGCACGGCCACGCCCUGGUCCACCGCGACCUGAAGCUGGACAACGUCCUGACCUUUGACCCCGAGUGUCACCUGGUCAAGCUGGGUGACUUCGGCCUGACGCGGGUGCAGGGCUGGCAGGUGCGGCCCGCGCCGGGCGCCGCUCCCUACGCCGCACCUGAGCUGUGUCACCUGCGCUCAGGUGAGCUCCGCCUGCGGCCCGCGCUGGACACCUGGGCCUUCGGCGUUCUGCUCUUCGCGCUCCUCACCGGUUCCUUCCCCUGGGCCUCACCUGAGCGCUCCGACCCCGCCUUCCGCCGCUUCCGCACCUGGCACGGCCGCACCUGCCCAGGUGAGGCCCCGGGCCGGCCCCCGCGCACCUGGCGGGGGUUGGGGGAGGCGGCGCUCAGGUUGCUGCGGGGGCUGCUCCACCCCCGGCCCGCCAAGCGCUGCCCCCCCGGGGAGGUGCUCAGGUACCUGGGCAGGCCCUGGGCAGGUGAGGGGGGACAGGUGAGAGUCACAGUGGAGCAGGGACAGGUGAGAGUCACAGGGGAGCAGGGACAGGUGAGAGUCACAGGGGAGCAGGGACAGGUGAGCCCCACAGGUGAGGGGGGACAGGUGAGAGUCCCAGGUGAGGGGGGACAGGUGAGAGUCACAGGGGAGCAGGGACAGGUGAGAGUCACAGGGGAGGGGGGACAGGUGAGAGUCCCAGGUGAGGGGGGACAGGUGAGAGUCCCAGGGGAGCAGGGACAGGUGAGAGUCACAGGGGAGCAGGGACAGGUGAGCCCCACAGGUGAGAGCAGCCAGGGAUCCCCCACAGGUGAAAUGGGACAGGUGAGCCCCACAGGUGAGCAGGGACAGGUGAGCCCCACGGGUGAGGUGGGACAGGUGAGCCCCACAGGUGAGAGCAGCCAGGUGAGCCCCACAGGUGAGGGGGGACAGGUGAGCCCCACAGGUGAGGGGGGACAGGUGAGCCCCACGGGUGAGGUGAGACAGGUGAGAGUCACAGGUGAAAUGGGAGAGUUGAGCUCCACAGGUGAGAGCAGCCAGGGAUCCCCCACAGGUGAGGGGGGACAGGUGAGCCCCACAGGUGAGAGGGGACAGAUGAGCCCCACAGGUGACUCCGGGUCCCCCAGCAGCGAGGUGGGGACACCUGGACAGGUGAGGGAAACAGGCGGAAGUUGGAUAGAAACACCUGGGGGGAGAUGGAAACACCUGGAGAUGGGAUAGAAACACCUGGAGACACCUGGGAAUGGGAUAGAAACACCUGGACAGGUGAGGGAAACACCUGGAGA